UUGAAAUGGAAACAUAUGCAGUAGCAGCAGAUGGAAGUAAUCUAGAAUCUGACUGUACUAACAUGAGAGAUCUGAAGAUCAUUCUGAUAGGAAAGAAUGUAUCAGAAAACAACAGAGUGGAAAACAGUAUACUGGGAAGAACGGCGUUUCACAGAGAAGCUGCAUCUUCCUCACAGCAGUACAGCAGAAUCAGUGGAGAGGUGGAGGAGAGAAAGACCACAGUCAUUAACACCGACCUCCUUGAGACGAAUCUUUCCCAGCAGCAGAUCACAGAGGCAGUGAGUGAGUGUCUGUCUGCUCCGGGACCUCAUGUGUUUGUUCUCGUACUGCAGUAUAAGGACUUCACUGAGAAAGACAGAGACAGAGUGAAAUAUGUGCUGAACCUCUUCAGUAAACAGGCCGUGAAACACACUAUAGCGCUGACCACCGAUGAAGAGCCACAUAGAUUGAAUUUCUUUACUAGAAACAACGUUAUUCAUGGUUUGAUAAAGGAGUGUGGAGGAGGACAUCUACAGUCUGACACAGGAUGGCGGUGUGAAAUGUUCAGAAGGACAGAAGAGAUGCUCAAGACAGAAUGUGAAGAAGAGAUGUAUUCUUCUAAGAGCAAAACAACAGCAAGCGAUGGAGUGACAACUGCCGAAAAAGCAAAGCUGAACAUUGUGCUGUGUGGAAAUGAUUCAGCACUCAAGAACAGAGUGUCUAAAAUGUUUACAGAGACAAUAAAUCAGACGGAGAGCAAGAAGACGGAAGAGAUGAUAGAAGGAUGGCACAUCAGCCUACUAGAGCUUCCAGCUCUGUUCAACACUCAGCUCUCAGAGGAGGACGUGAUGCGUCAGACUCACCGCUGUGUGUCUCUCUGUCAUCCUGGAGUUCAUGUUUUCAUCUUCAUCGUUCCUGAUGCUCCACUGACUGAUGAAGACAGAGCAGAAAUAGAGGAGAUCCAGAGGAUCUUCAGCUCAAGAAUCAACAAACACAUCAUGAUCCUCAUAAAGCAGAACUCAGAUCAUCAGGCAGCAGAACUAAAUGAAGAAACACAGUCUGCCAUUCAGAGUUUAGGAGGACGACAUCAUUUCAUUGACCUGAACACACAAGUGUCUGUGUUGAUGGAGAAACUGCAGCAGAUGGUCGAGGAAAACAGUGCUGUUUGUUUCUCCACAGAGACACUGAUGGAAGCACAGAUGGAAAAACUGCUGAAAUUUGAUGAAAUGAAGAGGAAAAUCCAUUCAUUAGAGACGAGGUUUCAAUCACAAGAUUCAAGAGACAGAGAAGAUGAACUGAGGAUUGUGCUUCUGGGAAAAACUGGAUCUGGAAAGAGUUCAACUGGAAACACCAUCUUAGGAGCAGUCAAGUUUGCAGCUGAAACAUCUCAAGAGUCUGUUACUACAGUGUGUCAUAGAGAGACAGCUGAAAUCAACAGCAGAAACAUUACUGUGAUCGACACUCCAGGACUGUUUGAUACUAAACUCAGCAAUGAAGAAAUCAAGAGAGAAAUCAGCAACAGCAUCCCCAUGAUCCUGCCCGGACCCCACGUGUUCAUCAUUGUGCUCAAUUUAGGACAGCGGUUCACUCAAGAAGAGAAAACAGCGGUGAAGAUCAUUCAGGAGACGUUUGGAGAACACUCUGUAAAGUACACCAUGGUGCUCUUCACCAGAGGAGACUUUCUGAAGAAGAAAACCAUUGAUCAGUUUCUGGGAGAACCUGGAUCAGCUUUGAAUCAGUUGAUUGAAGUGUGUGGAAACAGAUACCAUGUGUUCAAUAACGAGACUAAAGACCAAACUCAGGUGACUGAUCUCCUGCAGAAGAUAGACAACAUGGUGAAAGAGAACGGAGGGAGUUACUACUCAUGUAAGAUGUUCAGAGAGAUGGAGAGAGAAAUACAAGAACAACAGAAGAACAUACUGAUGGAGAAAAUGGAGAAACUAAACAGAGAAAGAGAUGAACUGAUGAACAAACAUGAAGAAGAAAAAGAGAGGAUGAGGAUGAAGAUGGAGGAAGAGGAUGAGGAAAGGAGAAAGAAAGAACAGGCGAUGUGGGAUGAACAUAAUCAGAGACUUAAAGGAGAGAGAGAGAGAAUGGAAAGAGAGAAAAACGAUCUUCAAUCUAAACAUGAACAAGAGAAAGAACGAAUAAAUAUGAUAAUGGAGAAAGAAAGACAGAAUCAUGAUCAAGAGAGAAAGAGAAUAGAAGAGGAAUAUAAGGACAGAGAAGAACAAUAUAAAUCAGACAUGAAAACAGAGCGAGAGGAAUGGGAGAGACAGAAACAAGAAGCAAGACGAAAAAGAGCUGAAGAUGAGGAGAGAAGAAUCACAUUAGAAAAGGAAACACAGGAAAAACAUGUCAGGGCCCUUAAACAAGAGAGAGAACAGAUGGGGAAGAAGAUGGAGGAAGAAAGAGAGAAUAGUGAAAAAGAGAGGAAAAAAAGAGAAGAGGAAUUUGAAGAAAGAGAAGAACGGUACAAAAAAGACAUUAAAGACACAGAGGAACAAGAGAGAAAGAUACGAGAAGAGAUGAAGAAAGAAUGGGAGGAAUGGGAGAAACAGAAUAUAAAUAUCAAAGUUAAUUUACUAAAAGACCUGUAUAAUGGUUCAACAUGAGGGUCCUUCAUGUAAUCAGUUGUAUAUCUCAGUUGUUAACCCUAUUGUUGUCAUUUUCAGAAUCAGAUUCAGGAUGUUUGAGAAUCUUGCUGCUUGGUAGGACAGGAAG